AUAUUUUAGUUGUUUGCAGUCCAUCCAGGAGAUGCAUACAAGUCACAUAUAUCUGAAAACGUGAACGACGACGCAAAUUUAAAAAGAAAACUGACCUAACAAAAAGUWAGAAUUAAGCAGAAAGGCCUGCAGCUUUGGYGAGAUGAUUGGAACACGCUGCUCCCUAGUGGUCAUGUUGCUGAAAAUUACAACAUCUCAUUUAAUGGUCACAUCACAUAAAAUACAGACGUCAGAGUUUCAACACGGUUCGCCAUCCUUAAGUGACAAAGUCCAUCAGAGCAGGUUGAUUUAAUGCAUGUUUUAUUUUUAGACUGGAUGUUUUUUUGACUGGACGUCCUGUGACGUUUGUACAUCGUCUAAACACUGAAACAGGAAGUUGUGGUUGCAGUGAAAACAGUYGGUGCUCAGACCUCCGUUCAGUCAAUAUGGAGAUCACAACACUGUGYGCUGUUUUUGCUUCUUUCCAGGUCCUUCCCAACAGAUUGCAGUUCUUCCAGUAUGAAUCUGUGGCCUUCAGCCUGAACUGUGACCAGCAGGAAGACGCUGCUGCCUGGACAAUAAAAAGGAACACAUCCAAACAAAUCAGCUCACUUUGUCCUUCAUAUACCGCUGACAGGAACAAAUCUAYRUGCUUCCUAAGUGAGCUUUAUGAAAUGGACUCUGGAGUUUACUGGUGUGAAUCUGAAGCUGGGAAGAUCAGCAACACCAUCAGCAUCACUGUCACUGACGGAGAGUUGAUCCUGGAGAUCCCAGCUCUCCCAGUGAUGGAAGGAGACRAAGUGGUUCUGCGAUGCAGAACGAGGAGAAAAUUAUCUGGAAAUAAUUCAUCUACAUUUUAUAAAGACGAGCUUUUCAUUGGGAGCAGCAUGAGAGGAAACAUAACUCUACAGAGGGUUUCUAAAUCUGAUGAAGGAAACUACMGGUGCCACAUGUCUGGAGUUGGAGAAUCACCAGACAGUUUUCUGACUGUCAGAGCAGGAUUUCCUGAAUCGCCGCCUUCUCUACAUGGAGACAUCGUACUUCCUGUGAUGGUCACUGGAGUUUCAUUCUUUCUAGUCAUGUUUUUCUGUCUAUGGAGAAACCAUCCAGACAGUUAUGACUCUUCCACUGUGUUUUAUACUGGAGGAAUCAACAGACAAACACAAAGAGCAAAAGUUUCAGAUGAUUUCCAGAGGGGGCGCUGCUCUGAGAUGUCCACUGUGGUCGUGUACAGACCCGUCCACAGWCCCGUCCRCAGACCUGCGCUCGCUUCGGCAGGAGUUCGGACUUAUAAAGCCUUCAGAGAGUUCAGGACGAAACAACAAAUAUUUCCAUCUUUGCAUAAUAAAAGUGUAGCCCUCUCACCUGCCAACGACUAUAAUUAAUACAAAAGACUGAACAGAUUACAGUUUAAAGAUAUGAGUCGUUUGUAUCAUGUUCGAACACUUCUGACGGUAUACGAUGUUUUUGUUCAAAGUUCUGCAUGAUUAUAGUGGAGUUUCUGUUUGUUUAUAUGUAGCCCAAGAAACUGACAACUGAAUGUUCAAUCAAUAACAUCCUGGAGAGAUCAAUAUUUUUAUUGAAAAAUUGUAAAUAUUACAUGUUUUUAUUUUGAAAUGUAGUUUUUUUWAAAA